UUUUGAUCAUUUGUCUGCAUUCUGAUUUUCAACCUUUAAUUUGUCUGUUUCUUGCUUGGUUAAAUCUAGUUUUUUUCAAUAUUUCAAAAUAAUAUCAAUAAUCAAUAUGUCCACUCCAUCAAAUGAUGAUCCAUUGAAGCCCAUUUAUGGACCAUUUUUCGGCAUAAUGGGUUGUGCAUCGGCGAUGAUAUUCAGUUCAAUGGGUGCAGCAUAUGGUACAGCUAAAUCUGGUAUCGGUAUUUCGUCGAUGGCUGUUAUGCGUCCUGAUUUAAUUAUGAAAUCAAUUAUUCCGGUUGUUAUGGCUGGUAUUAUUGCUAUUUAUGGUCUAGUCGUCGCGGCUUUGAUUGCCAACAAUAUUAAACCAGGUGGUAAAGCGGGUGGAUAUUCAUUGUUCAAUGGAUUUCUUCAUAUGGGUUCCGGUCUUUCGGUUGGUUUCGCUGGAUUAGCUGCCGGUUAUGCUAUUGGUCUUGUUGGUGAUGCUGGUGUUCGUGGUACAUCGCAACAACCACGUUUAUUUGUCGGCAUGAUUUUAGUAUUGAUUUUUGCUGAAGUAUUGGGACUCUAUGGUUUAAUCGUUGCAUUAGUUUUGACUACAAAAGCAUCGUAGAUCUUGCAUACAAUCAUCGAUUAAUUAGAAAAGCAAUUCCGAUUCUAUUCCAGACCAAAAUCUUUCUAUAUCUCAUUAUUUCAAGCUAAUCAAGAUAUAUAGUUAUUUUCAUUUCAGACUUAUAAUUUAUAUAGGUCUUUUUAUGUGUUUGUUUGUUUUUGUGAUUAUUUUUUGUAAUUCAUUAAUCUAUAUUGAUGAAUUAUGAAUUUUAUUUGUAAAUAAAAUUGAUUAUGAUAAAGAUAAAA